AUGCCUUUUUACUUCCUUAGAAAGGCAUUUAACUUCUCUUUCAGGUUCAGUUUCUGUGUCUGUCUAAAAGUCGACGCUGGCAGUGCUAAAAAUGAUAAGAACGUUGAAGUCUAUCUGCCACCGUUGAAGUUCGGUGACCAAAGAUAUUUUGCUCCAGUUAUCGAUAGAGAAACAUUAUUGACCGAAUAUAUAGUGGACUUGAUAUGGAGCUCAGUAGUAAACUAUAUACCAGUUUCAAGUCUAGACGGAGUAUUUGAUAUACCACAACCUGUUAUGGACGUUCGACAUCAAGAUACAGUAAUUUACUUCGUCAAAGAAGCCAUUUUAAAUAAAAUAAAAGAAGACAUUGAACCAGAACCAGAGCCUGAAGAAAUUAAAUUUAGAGAGAGAAGAGAGACCAAAUUAGGUAGGGAUAAAGAAAAGGAAAAAGAAAAAGAGAAGAAAAAGCCUGAAUUACCUAAAGCAAAAUUUGAAAUUAAAUUGUCAGGAGAUUCUAUUUUGGCCGGCGAGGAAGUACAUAGUUCAGCACCAGAGAAUAUAAAGAAUAUUAAAAAGGAAAUUAAAUUUAAUGAUCAUCAUGCUGUGCCAUUAAAUCCUGAUACAUUAUCUAAAAUUACAGCAACACUAUUAGACACUCCUUUUGAAGUACAGUUACGUGGUAUAAGAUUAUCUGAACCUCAAAAAGAUAGCGCAAGGUUUUUUGGAUAUAAAAAGGGUGAUCAGAAUUUUGGUAUUUCUUCAAGCAAGUUGGAUAAUGAAGACACGGAUAUUCUUAUAGCUGUUACCAAAAUUGAUGCACAUACUAUGGCCAAGAACAUGAGUCAACUAAUUAGAGGGGAGUAUUCUUUAUUCCCUCCGAAUGUUUCUGUUGAAGAGCUAGGAAGAGAAGCUGUUUGUAAUAAUGAUAUAAAUCAUAUUAAGCGUCCAAUGCGACCUCAUUUAGUAAUACCAACGCAUGUAGUAUUAGAAGCUCAAAUGACUUUGGAAGUUUCCAUGGGCCUUGUUGGUUGUAAAGCAAAGAAGCUGACAGAAUGUUUUGCGAGAUUGUAUUGUUUGGUUAAACAAUCGGCAACUAUUAUGAGGAUAUUAAAGAAAAUAACAGAAAUUAAUGACGCAAUAUUGCAGUCAGAUAGCAAUGAUGAACUACUAACAGGAUUUGCUUUGGACGUUGGCAAUGUAGUCUUAUUGUACGUGGAGGGACCGAGUACAGGAGAGAUUUUGAAAAUUUGGGAAAUGACAGAAGAUUUUUAUCCGGACCUCAAGCCUGUAUUUUCAAGUUCUAACAGAUAUUUUAAUAGAAUUUAUCCAUUAUUAUCAAAGGUGCCUUUCAAUGUUUUAAAGAUGUACGUUCCACUGAGUGUAAUAUUAGCCUGUCCACCUAUAUACGCUCUACCAGCUUUACCGUUUCCUACAAAAUCUGCAGUAUUAAAACUGGGACGUCUCAUUGCUGGCAAACUACGUGUUGCUCCAUUAACGAGUGAUAUGCCGUCUGUGGCAGAACUAAAGAGUUUAAGACUUGAGUUAUGCGUGGCACCUAAGCCAGUGGCAGCAUCACAAACAGAUGGGAUUAUUAGUAAAGGUGAUUUUUUUUAUUAUUUUUCUUUAAGUAUCUCAUAUCAUGAAAGGAAAUUCAACCUUGCAUAAUCAGCGGAAGAUCUGUCAAUGCAUACUUCUGUGUGACGUUUGAUGGCUUUUCCGUCAAAUUUAUGGUUCGAUAUAUUAAUGUGUCAUUUAUCUGCAUAUCAAAUAAAAAAAUAUAUCUUACAAAAUAUAACUUACGAUGAUAUUUUUUUUAUUUGA